AUGGCUCAUCCGCGACAGUCUGCCUUGCAAGACUUCCGUUUCAACCAGAGAGUGUUACAGGAUGCCAUCAACGGUGUUCGCAUACCUGACUACCUUGGAUUGGAGCUUGUCCAGCUCUGUGUCGUCGCGGGUAUUCGUCGAAAUGCAGGCUUUGGCCACGAGCUUCGAGGUCUUACGCCUCGCUUCACUCGCGCACUCAACGCUCAAGCUAUCAUGUACAGCAGAGAUAUCCCUGACAUGAACGACCCAGAAGAAUUUCCGUACUGUAUAUGGUAUCCUUCGACGCCCGAUCGCGAUACAUGCAGGAAGCUAAUCGUCCAGUAUCCGUGGAUGAAAUAUCAGGUUGGCCGUGUCUGUGCCGUGGCGAAUUAUGACGAUCUCUACAAAGAACUCGACAUUUUGCCCGAAGUAGGCAUUGCUGAGGAAGCUCGUGAGAACGGAAGCGAGGCCAUCUAUUCAGCGAUUUUCCAACAGCCUGUUAAGUACGCUGUAUUCAACGACUACUCGAAUUCACUCAUCUUGGAGAACCCACCAAUUUCUGCGAUGAACGGUAACACUUGUGUGACGACACUCCUGGAGUCGAAGCAAUCAUUCAAGCGACCAAGGGCAAAGUCUAUUCUGAAGUCCGACAUGAACGGGUUUGAGAGCCGGUUGUUCGACAUCCGCGAGGAUAUGUCAGUGGACGUCAAGCGGAGCGAGCCUCGCUCAGUCGAUCAAUCAGUGGUCCUACCACUACUCUAUUCUCCACUUCCAGCAGAUCUUCCUACAGUCGACAAAGACAUGCUCAUAUUGUCAGCGGCGUAUCACGGCAACAUUGAUCGAUACAUGCGCCUGCGACAUCCACAAAAGAUCAAAGGCGAGCUUGCGUGUUUGAUCCGAGGCAUCUACCACGAUCCGUUGUUUGCCAAGUUCUGGUCACUCCAACCAACUGCCGACAUAUACGACUGGCGCAUACGACGGGCAAUCAAUGCCCGUUUCAUCAUGACGAAUGAUCUGUCACGAAUCACGCCUACAACUCCCGUGGACGAGUUGCCAUAUCUUAUAUGGUUUCCACAACCCGCUUAUCAUGGCGUUUAUGAAGAACUAGCACGACUGCGGCCUGAGAUGAAGUUGCAGGCCGCGCGGGCAUGUAUAGUCGCCAACUACCAGCGGUCCUUCGAGAAAAUCGAUCCACCACACGAUUCCGCCCUUGUGCAAGAAGCUCAGGAAUCUCCCAACCCAUUCUUUUUGAAGCAUCUCCGAGCCAAAGAAGCACAAGGCGAUACGACAGGGGAAGACCAUGGAUCUGAAUACUGGAAGUACUUCACUAUCAAGCACGCACUCAAACCAUCCACUCUUACUAUCUUGGGUGAGCUCAAUGCAUCCAGCAUUGCAACCACGCAAACAUGGAUCUACGACGGUGUUGAAGCGGAGAUGUCGAACGUGGAAGUUAGUAUCUGUACGCCUAAAGAAGUAAAGCAGAGUGGUAUCAGUGAUGUCAUGUUCAGGUAUCCUUCUACAGAGUGA